AUGGAAAAUGGUACUGAAGUCAGUAAUGAAAUAGAUGAUAUUAUUAUUAAAGCAAUUGAAAUUUCUAAAAAAUUUGAUAUUAACAAUGAUAAAGUAGAUGGGGAAUUUUUAAAGAAAGUUUAUCAAACUAUUUCUAAAGAAGAUAGUUAUAAUAAAAGAAAAAUUAAAUACCUUGAAUACCAUCAUUUUCUUGAAAAUUAUCUUUGGAUGUCUUUUAAUGAAAAAACAUAUUCUCAUGAAUAUCUUAUGCUUAUUGUCAUUAUGUUUACAGAAAAAUAUAAAAGUAGAUCAGAUGUUUGGAAGUGUGUAGAAGAUCAUCCAGAUAAUUUUAGUUUCUUUUUUAAAUGUAUACUUAAAAGAUUACUUGAACAUGGUGAAACAAAAAAUUUAUUUAAAAAAGUUUAUUUAAUUGGAUUACUAGAUGCUUUUAUGCAAUCAUUAGAAAUUGAAAUUAUUAAACAAAAUGUUGUCCCUGUUUGUAAUAUAUUAAUGUUGUCAAAUAUUAGCAAGAAACAAAGAGAUGUUUACUUUGGGAAUAAUAUGAAAAUUAGAAAAUUUUAUAAUAAAAGUGUAUUUGAAUUUGGUAAAAAAAGUGAUGAGGAGAGAGAAGAAGCUAGAUUCUUUUUUAAUUUUUAUUGGGAAUUAUUAAAACGUUUUUGUAGUAUACUUAAAGAUUUUGAAGAAAGUGACUAUAAUGAGGAGUCUAUUUAUCGCCUCAAGUAUAUGGAAAAAUGUCUUGAAUUUUUUAUUGAUAUUGAAUCACAAUUAACAACAAGAAGAUUUUUUACUUGCCUAUUGAAAGCAUCGCAUUUAAUAGCUUUUUGUCAACUUUCAGAACUUAUAACAACUGAUGUUGGGACAAAUUUUUCUAAACUAGUGGGUAAAUUAAUUUAUUACUCUAAAUUUGAGAUUGAUGAAAUUUAUGGAAAAGCUUUAACUUCAUCAGAAGUAGAAAAAGAGCAUUACAAAAAAAUUGGUGAAUUACAAAAAGCUUGUUUAAAACUUGCCAGUGAAGAAUUACAUGAAUUUUAUUGUUUAAAUGUAUCUGCAAUGGAUAACAGAAAUGUGAUAAAAAAACUUGCAACACAAGUAUCUCACGAAACACUAGCUAAUCUUAUGGAAUAUUUAGGAUUAAUUAAUGAAGAGGAAGUUUCAAAACUUACAUUUCCCCAGUUGGUAGAAAUUUUAAUUUUGCACAGUGAAAGAUAUGCUAAUCAACGAGAUCAAGUAAAUGAUCAACCAUUAUUUCCAAGUGAAGAACUUAUUUGGGAUGAAGAAUUAAUUCCAUUUGAUAAUUAUAAAGGUGAUGAAAUCUUACCAUUAGACAAGUUAAAUUUAAAAUUUUUAACAUUGAAUGAUUAUUUAAUAAGAAAUUUUAAUUUAUUUAAAUUGGAAAGUACUUUUGAAAUUAGACAGGAAAUAGAGGAGACUCUUCGAAGAAUGAUGCCUGUAUUAGUUUAUGAAAAUUUAAAGUCAAAGACAGAAUUUUAUGGACAGUCAAAUAAAGGUUUACAAAUUUUAUCAUCUAAGAUAGUACAAAUAGAUAAACCUAAAGUUGGUGAAAAAGUUCCUUCAGUUGUAAAAGGAGAAAUUCAAUAUGUUUUACCUGAUAGUUAUUCUAACGUCAACAAGAAAAAAGAAUGGGAUAGUAUUAGGAAACAUGACAUUUGUUUUUUAGUUACAGUUAAAGCAAAGUUCGAUAGAGAAAUUUGUCUUAGAAAUGAAGUAGGUGAUGCAAUAAGUAAUGAUGAAUUUAGAGAAAAAUUGUUUUCAUUUUUUGCAAAAACUAAUGACUUUACUGAUAUGAUGGAAGUUGUUAAUGUUAGAGGAUGUGAAGUGGAAUGUUUUAUAGACAAGUACGGUGAACCAAUUGAUGAUUAUGAAUUUGAAGAUAGCGCCAAGAGGUUUGAUGGUUUAAAACGAAUUAUGAGAGUUAUUUUUGAUUCAAAUCAAUUUCAAAAAGAUUAUGUCAAGAGAGUCAACAAUAAAGUUGAUUCUGACAUAUAUAGUUGUUUUAAUGUAAUUAUUAAGAGAGAAUCAAAAUCAAAUAAUUUUAAAGGAGUCCUUGAAACAAUAAGACAACUGCUGAAUACAGAAUGUGUUGUACCUACAUGGUUGGAAGAUCUUUUAUUAGGUUAUGGUGAACCAUCUUCUGCUCAUUACAAAGAAAUUGGAACUGCUAAUGCAACAUUAAAUUUUAAUGAUACAUUUUUAGACAAAGAUCAUGUUUUAGAAAGUUUUCCAAAUAACAAAAUUGUAUUUUCUGAAGACAUUAAAUUUAAUGGUCCCUUUAAAGUUACUUUCAAUGAUUUAAAAUUAAAAUAUGAUGAAAAUGCUGUGAAUGAUAAUGAUAUUUUUGUUGAAAAUGGACCAUCAGAUAAAUGUGUUUUGAAAAGUGAUAUGAUUAAAAAAAAUAAGAUAAGAUUUACACCUUCUCAAAUUGAAGCAAUAAAAUCAGGAAUGGAACCUGGGUUAACAAUGAUUGUUGGUCCACCUGGUACAGGAAAGACAGAUAUUGCAGUUCAAAUUAUUUUAAACCUCUACCAUAAUUAUCCUGAUCAAAGAAUACUUAUAGUUACAAAAUCAAAUCAAGCAUUAAAUCAAAUGUUUGAAAAACUUAUUCUUCUCGAUAUCAAUGUCAAACAUUUAUUACGUUUGGGUCACGGUGAAGAAGCAUUACAGACAGAAGAAGAUUUUACACGCUAUGGUAGGGUUAACUAUGCAGAAAAUAUGCGAAACGAAUUGUUGGGAAAAGUAAAAAUAAUAAAAGAAUCAUUAAAGAUUGAAGGUGAUUAUGAAUAUUCAUGUGAAACAGCGGCUCAAUUUUUUAAAAUAAUAUUAACAAAAAUGUGGAAAAAGUUUAUUGUUGAAUCUGAAAAUUUUACAAAUCUUUAUGAAGUUUUUCCUUUUACGGAAUACUUCGAAAGUAUUGAAAAAGAUGAAAAUAUUUCCCCAGAUACUUUUAAUUUUGACAUUGCCUCAGCAGUAUGGAAAAGUAUAUCAGAUAUAUUUAUGGAACUUUCUAAAUAUCGUUCAUUAGAAUUAUUAAAAAAUAAAAAAGAUCAAAGUGAGUAUUUAUUAACGAAGGAAGCAAAAAUUGUUGCCAUGACAUGUACUCAUGCUGCAUUAAAAAGAAAAGAUCUCGUUGAACUUGGUUUUACUUAUGACAAUAUUCUUAUGGAAGAAAGUGCUCAAAUUUUAGAAGUUGAAACAUUUAUUCCAUUACUUCUUCAGGAUCCUAUUAAUAAUUCAAAUCGAUUAAAAAGAUGGAUAAUGAUUGGUGAUCAUAAUCAACUUCCACCAAUUAUUCAAAACAUUACUUUCCAGAAAUAUUCAAACAUGGAACAAUCAUUAUUCACAAGAUUUGUUAGGCUUGGAGUACCUGUAAUAUACUUAGAUAAACAAGGAAGAACAAGGGAUGAAAUACUUCAACUUUAUUCAUGGCGAUAUCCUAAUCUUACAUCAUUACCACAUGUACAAAAUAGUGAUCAAUUUAAAUUUAAUAAUCCUGGAUUUGUUCAUAACUUUCAGUUUGUUGAUGUUCCUGAUAUUAAUGGAAAUGGUGAAAUUUGCCCAAAACCAUAUUUUUAUCAAAAUAUUUCUGAAGCAGAAUAUGCUGUCAAUUUAUUUAAAUAUAUGAGAAUUUUAGGAUAUCCUGCCGACAAAAUUACUAUUUUAACCACUUACAAUGGACAAGCACAUUUGAUUCGUGAAAUGUGGAGAAGAAGAUGUGGUGAUAAUAAAUUUUAUGGUUCACCAAAUAAAAUUGCCACUGUUGAUGUUUUCCAAGGCCAACAAAAUGACUACAUAAUCUUAUCAUUAGUAAGAACAGAAAAUGUAGGAUAUUUGCGUGAUGUAAGAAGAUUCAUUGUAGCAAUGUCAAGAGCUAGACUAGGAUUGUAUGUCUUUGGAAAAUUUUCUCUUUUCGAGCAAUGCAUUGAGCUCAAUCCAAUUACAAAUGUUUUUAAAACAAAACCUAUGUCUCUUGAAAUCUAUGAAAAUGAAAAUUAUUCUUUAAAAAGGAAAACUGAAACAAACAUGACAUCAAACAAAAAAACUAUAAAGAAUGCUGAUGAAUUUCGUUCAUUUGUUGAUAGAUAUUAUCAUGAAAAAAUUACUUCAAAAACCAACUCUUGUUAA